AUGCAAGUUUGGUCAAUACACAGUUUAUGGUGGCAAGAAGGACAGUGGGAAUGUUAUUCUGACAUCUGUUGUUGCGCUCGAGAGAGAAUUGAAAUUCCAGACCCGACACCAACAAGAACUCCAACACCAACACUCAAGUUGCCAAAGACUCAUGUGAAGAAGAAGCCUUCUGGUAAGUUUCUUAUAGCCAUAUACAUGGCACGCUUUGAGUAA